GAUGACGCAACAGUUUGUGGCCGAGUGUGAGGUAUGCCAACGCAACAAACCAUCCCGGCAAAAGCCCUAUGGGCUGCUGCACCCUCUUCCUAUCCCUGAUGGUCCGGGAGAAUCGGUUUCCGUCGACUUCACGGACAUGGGGAAGAAGAGCAGGAAUGGUUACUCGCAAGUAAUGGUGAUUGUUGAUCGUUUUUCUAAGUUUCUGAAUUUGAUUCCAUUGCCACCUCACGCCCCAACUGACCUUGUCAUUGAAGAAUUCAACAAGAAGUAUGUGCGGCAGUAUGGACCCCCGAAGACUCUUGUGAGCGAUCGGGAUACCCGGUUCAUCAGCGCAGAUUGGAAAGACUUCACCUCCCAGACCUAUGACAUAACGCUCAAAAUGACGUCUGGUGGCCACCCCGAAGCCAAUGGAUUGGCCGAAGAGAUCAACCAGACUGUGAUCCAACUCCUCCGGGCACUGAUCGUGCCAGAUCAGAACUCGUGGGACGAGGAAUUGCCAAUAGUACAGGGGUUGUACAACAACUCCAUCCACUCUUCCACCGGGAUGACGCCAAGCCGGCUACACCUCGGGUGGAAGAUUCGCAAUCCUCUAUCCUACCUGUUCCCUGAGCAGCCACCUGGUUUGACACCCGGACAACCAGGUUACACCGCUAAGUAUGACCGGCUGCUCAAGGUCGCGGUCGCAGCCAUGGAACGGCGGCGCAGCGCCAUGAUCAAACACGCUAACAAAAAACGCCAGCCUGUACCUUUCAAGGUAGGAGACUAUGUCUGGGUCAAGAUGUCUGAGUUUUCCGAAGAGGAGGGUGUGUCAAGGAAACUUCUUCCGCAGUACUAUGGCCCGUGGAAAGUUCUGGACCAGAAGGGGAAUGAUGAUUUCGGUCCUUCYUACACGAUCGACGUGCCUCCCCAUCUGSGCACGUACCCAGUCUUCCAUGCAUCGAAACUGUUUCCCUACAAACCACCUGGCACCUUCCCGUAUCGAGAGUCGAUGAUCCCUCGCGCAAUCAACGGAGGGCAUGAGAUUGAUAGAAUUGUUGAGCACAGUGGGAAAGGCAGGAACAGACASUAUAAAGUUCAUUUUCUGUAUCACCCGCUUGAUAACUUCUAUUGGAUCACUAAGAAAGACCUUUUACAGACUGCACCUAGGGUAGUUAACGCAUAUGAAAGRCAGAUUAGUGCUGAACAGCAACCGAAAAUUACUGCGAAACUGACUCCUACAGAGUAUACAYGGUCACUCUUUGCUAUUUAUGCCUACGAUGCUCUUUGCAAGAACUCUGAUUGAGUUACCCGCUCGAAGGGACCUCGCUCUUGAGGGGGGGGUAGUGUAAUG